GACUUGCAAAAAUUGAUUUGUGUCCCUCUCCAAUGCAAUGGCAGCCUCCAGUAACAUCAUAAAGUUGACAUAAAUGGAUAUGCUCCUCUUAUCAAUUUUAUCGUACCAAGCCCCUCACUCUCCUCUUCUACAACAUCUGAUAGAGCCAUCGAUUCCCAUGUCGAUGUCAUAUUCUAUUAUAUACAUCCCUUAUUUGCCGGAUAUUCUGAUGAGAGCCGCAUACAGAGCUGCUGUAGCUCACUCAGCUUCCCCACCUUGCUCACAAGGCCGAGGUCGCAAACUACCUUGUCGGGACCUACUUCGGCAUUUCUCUCACAUCCCUUAUUUAAAUUCCUCUGGCAGAACGAGCCUUGGUUUCCAUCAUGUAUCGUCUUCCCCAAAGCACUCUACAAAUGGUCAAAUCGUUGACUGUGAACUUGAGGUAAGUGUAGCAGGAUUAGCAAAAGACGGACUACCAAUCGCUUACGGGUCACCACAGCAGGAGUCAACGCAUUCCAGAGAAUCUGGGUCCAUAUCAGCAGGGAAUUCGUCGACCUUUCAGUCACUCACGCAACAUGUUCAGAAUAGCACAGGACUUUGAAAAGAUCCAGGCCUCCAGACCGGAAUUCAACCACGACGCACAAGUCACUUACACGAAGCCCCCAAACCCAGAAUGGAAGCAAGGAGAUGGUGCAAAUGACGGCGGCGAGAGUCUGAAGAAGAACCACCUGGAAAUUGACCCUUACGAAAAAGGAAGACCCAGCAGUUCCAACUACAAACUGUUGAUCUCGGGAAUAGUCCCUCGGCCCAUUGCGCUCAUAAGCACCCGGUCCAAGGACGGGAAAACGACCAAUCUGGCGCCCUUCAGCUAUUCGCAGGUUAUCAACCAUGACCCUCCUCUCUUCGUCGUUGGGCUGGUCGGGUCUCUGGAGAAGGCGAAGGAUACACUGAGGAACCUCCAUGAGACGGGGGAGGGCGUUAUCAACAUCAUCUCCGAGCAUUUCGUCGAGGCGGCGAAUGCGACCUCCAUCAACGCCCCUUACGGCAUUUCCGAGUGGGAGAUAUCGGGACUCCACCAAGCGCCAUGCUCCACGGUGCAAGCUGCCCGCGUGAAGGAGUCGAUUUUGUCGAUUGAAGGGAAGGUCGUGGAAUUGAAAGAGUUUGAGAGCCGAGCAUCUCCGGGGAAGAAGACAGGGGUUCUGGUCACCAUUGAAGGAACGCGGUUCUGGGUACGGGAGGACGCUAUCAACGAGGACAGGAGCAUAGUGGACUUGGAGGUUCUGAGACCGAUUGGGCGGCUGGGAGGGAUCACGUACGGACGCACGACGGAGGUUCUGGAGCUUCCCCGACCAUUCUAGGAGUGGGGAUCGCAGAGGGGGCUACACCGUAAAAGAAUAUAUUAUUACUGUUUACAGAGUAGAGGAUAGACACAACAUGCUAC